UUCAAUAUGGCAGCCUCCAUAGAGUAGACAUGUCGUUGACAGAAAAGAAAGAAAAAAAAAGCACCGACAAACUCGCAGGAAUUUUUCAUUUCUAGAGGUUCAAACGGUUUAUUUUGAUAUUUAGCCAAUCUUUGUGCUAUUUAGGAAUUACAAUAUGUUGAAGGUGAUAAGUUCUAGUGGUUUAGUUAGUUGUUGAACAGCUGUUGAAUGUCAUGAAACGCAAUGUUUACUAGACACUCAGUCGUGUUAAGAGGUUGCAACAGCAGAAUUUACAGAUCAGUAUUUCAAUAUUCUUCUACAAAAAUUGAAAAGGACUCAAAGACUCCUGGGAAUUUAAUUGAAUCUAAGUGUGAUAGUGGUGAUUAUCUCGGUGUCACUGUAUCGGAGCAUUCAGAAGAGAAGACAGAGGAAAUUCAAAAUGUACUGUCAAAAGAAGAAUUGUCGCAAAUGUACGGUAUAGGAAAAUAUAAAAAACCUCAUGCUUAUGAUGGUAAAGUUGAAGAGGCAAAUUUUGGAAGUAUUAAAAUAGAUGGGGUAAGAAAGGGAUAUAUUCCAGUGAAGGAAGACUUUUCGACUUUGCAGCCCAAAUUGGGCUCAAUAGCUAGCACUUUGAGCCAGUAUCGUAAGAAUGUAGACUGGAAAGCAUCUCCUCAGCCUAUUUCACACUUACUAAUAAAACAAUCCAGAGUAUAUGAUGGUGAAAAAAACGAAAAUGCAAGGACAGCUAAACCCAAUUCUGAAAAGACAAGCGAAGGUCAGAUAAGUAAAGAGGGUUCUAGUGGUAGUAAACCAAACAGAGAAACUAUAGAUGAUGCUAUGAAGACAAAUAAAAGUCAAGUAUUGCUGCAUCAAGCACAAAGCCAUUUUACACCCAGUGCAUGUCGGCAAUUGUUAAUUCAACCAGAGGAGGUGACAGAGGAAAUCUCUGAUGAAACAUCAUCAGACAUCAUCAACAGCGUGGCAAAUGCUACUCACCAAAGACCAGUGCCAAAUAAGAUACAUCAAGUUCAUGAACCUAAAAUCAUGCAGGUGAACGAAAGUAAUACUGUGAAGAAGAGGGAAAUAUUGUCUGAUAGGGGGACAGAGAAAAACAGGAAUUCAAUGAAGACAGAGGAUUUGUUAACAGAAAACACAAAUACGGAAAAAAGUUGCACCAAUAAAGACAUACAAAAGUUAUCAAAAGAAGAAACAAUCUAUCAUGAUGCAAAGUUGCAACAAAAAGCCUUAAACACAGAAAAGCAUGGAAGUAAAAUGGAACUUGUAAUGGAUAAAAGUUCAUGGGAGAACCCAUUGGAUAGUAUGCUAAAUUGUUAUGAAGAGAAACAAAUAGACAAUGUAAUGCCUGUCUAUGAGAAUGAAAUGGCUGGAGAAGUUACCUCUCAGAGAGAAUCAUCUAUGCCAGUAUCAGAGAUGGCCCCAAAUGCGUUGAUGGUAGAAAAUGCUGCAUACCAGUUUUUUCAAGAUCUUCAGAGAGAUGAUCAAGUGUCAAGAAUUGACAGAGAAUCUACUGUUGAUUUAAGCAAGUAUCUACACAGACGAGUGGAAAAGCUGACAGAAGACGAAGUUUUAGAUGAAUUGGUGGAGAGUAUUAUUUACAAUAGAGAUGAUAUUCUUGCAAUUAACAAGAUUUAUGGGAUACCAUCACAAGGAGGAGAAGGUGUAAGACUGAAUAUUGCAGACCUCUUACCAAAGCUGGCAGCUAGGAUCCACUGUGAAAAUCUCCACCUGGUUCAUAGACUGGACAAGGAAACGACGGGAAUCAUGCUGUUUGGCAAAACUGAAGAAAUGGCUAAUAAACUGAGAAAAGCAUUCAAGAACCGAGAAGUGAAGAAGACAUACUUAGUCAUUACAAAGGGAAUCCCAUCUAUCAAGGAAGGCAUUAUUGAUGUACCUAUUGGUGAGGGAGAGGUUGGAAAAGACAGGAAAAAACGGAUGACUUGCAUCCCUAUCUAUGACUCCGAGACAAAACAUGUUAUGCACAAAUCGAAAAAGAAGAUGAUGCCAGCUAUAACUCAUUACAGACUUGUUGCCAAAAGUAACAGUUGUGCUCUGUUGGAAGUUCGGCCUGAAACAGGUGUGAAACAUCAGAUACGAACACAUCUCCUUCAUGUGCUGAAAACCCCGGUGUUGGGAGACCACAAAUAUUCCUACCUGAGUGAAAUCAAACCGCAGAUUCUCCCUAGUGACGUAGUCAGACGACUUGGAAUCAGACAGAGCAAGACUCGCAACCUGCCAAUGUACAUCCACGCCAAAUUCAUCAUGAUUCCAGAAUUUCUAGAUGGCAGGAGUUUCUCAGUCCACUGCAGUGUGCCCAGAGCGUUCAGAUCUCUCUUAAAAAGGGCCAAAAUUUCGCAUAAAAAUGUAGACGCUUUUUAAGAUCAUUCACUACGGUACAUUUUGUAUAUACUGUACAUGACUGAUGUGCUUAUGAACAAUGUUGCAGUUUCUUUGAGAUAUUUUUAUAACAUAUUAAAAUAUGAAUUUAA